ACACAUACACAUACACGCACUGACACCUUCGAGCUGUCAAUGUACGGUGCUUUGUUCGCUGGUAGGCAAGAAUCGCCCUUUCAUUAUCGCUUCACCGUAGAAGUCAGUCGUAAUGGCGACCGUAUCAGCAGGAAAAAAGGGUAAAAAGGUGAAAAAAAACAACAAGCUGUCCCUGGGUGAGUUUCUUACCGAUGGGAACACGGCGGUACCGAACCAGGUGCAGGUGGCGGUGCCAGUGAAGCUCGACUGGGGCGAUGACUCGUACGACGACGAUGACUUACGGGCGGUGCGCACGCAGGUGAUCGCGCUGCCGACGGCGCCGCGCGCCAGCCGCAUCCUGAACGACGACUCGAUACCCACCAGCCCGCCGUUCUCGGUCUACGUCUCCAACCUGCCGUACGACAUCAACGAGAACGAUCUGUACGACAUCUUCGAGAACGUGGAGAUCGUGUCGAUGACGUUGCCGCGCGACGACAGCGAAACCUGGCGGCUGCGCGGCUUCGGCUACAUCGAGUUCGCGACGCGCAACGACCUGAUGGAGGUGCUGGCGAUGCCGGAACCGAUGGCGCGCAACCGGCGCAUCCGCAUCGGCCUGUACAACGAGAGCGACAACAAGCGGCGAAACAAUCGGUACGACAACUUCACGUCCGGCGACAGCGACCGCCCGUCGUCCGGCGGGAACUGGCGCGACCGGCCCGACUCGGGAGCAUCGCGCCCGAUGGGCGACCGGGACGGCGGGGGCAUGCGCCGCCCGUACAGCAGCGGCGGGGGCGGCGGUGGCUACGGGCGCGACCGGGACCGGGACGAUCGGGAGCGGCCGGCCGGCGAUGGCGGCGGCAACUGGCGGCUGGGCGAGCGGCCGGCCCCCCAGUCCCCGCGGGCCCCCCGCAGCUACGAUCGUGACCGCGAGGGCGGUGGUCGGGACGGCGGCGACCGUGGCAACGUGUUUCGCCGGGGGCCGGACAGUGGUCGCGGCCCGAUCGGUGGUGGCGGCGGUAUCAUGAGACGCGAUCCGGAAGUGCCGAUGGAGCGGCCGAAGCUGGUGCUGCAGCCGCGCACCCUACCCCUGCCGGAGCUGCCGAAGCCGGCGGUCGAGUCGGACGACGAGUCGGAGCGGGGCGGGCGCGGGGGCGACGAGCAGCCGGCGGAGGCGGCGGAACCGCCGAAGCCGCGCCCGACCGCCGUCCCGGCGGCGAAGGUGUUCGGCGACGCGAAACCGGUCGACACGGCGGCCCGCGAGCGCGAGAUCGAGGAGCGGUUACGGCAGCAGGAGGAGGAGCUGCGCCGCAAGCGGGAGGCCGAGGCGGCCGAGGAGCGCAGCAAGCGCGACGCCGAAAAGGAGAACCUCCCGGAGGGGGGCGGCGAGCAGCAGCCGGCCGAAAGCGAUGGCAAGGGUGCGGCGGCGGUGGAGGGCGAGAAGCCGGCGGUCCGGGGUACCAGCGCUACCCGCGACCAGCAGCAGCCGAUUGCCAACUGGCGGGUGCGCAGUGCCGCCAGCGAGGAGGAGAAAGACGAUCGCCGAACGGACAAUCGAGAUCAUCGGGAUAACCGUGGCAUGAAUCGCCCAUCUUACAACGGAACUGGCCACAAUCGCGACAACGAGCGUGGUGGACGUGACCGAGCCCAGCCGCCCCGCGACGCGUACCGCAACGGCGACGGCAAGGAGCGGCGCGACGCACCGAAACCGGCCGAAAAGGAGAGGGAAGGCGUACCGAAACCACUGGAGGAGCGAAUGCCCAAGUUCCAAGAGCCUACUGGACCGAAUCUUCAGAUGAAGAACACUUUCGAAGGAUUGUCAGCGGAUGAAAUUGAUGACUGAAAAAAUACCAAAACCACCACAAGCUCCAUCACCAGUUGACCUCCCGAAAGGUGAAAAAAAAUAGAAAACAGUUUACAGAAGAAGAAGAAGAAGAAGAGGAAGCAGCAGGUAGAAGAAAAAGACGAAAAGGGAAGAAAAAAGAAAGAAGAAAAGGGCUAUUAGUGAAAGGGAAAGGGAAGACAGCCAGAGGACAGCAUAAGACACACUCCCACACACUCACACACAUACAUAUACACACACACACACACGCGUAUAUAUAGAUAUGAACAUUCAGCCCGGUCGGCCAGGGGGAGAGUUUUUUAGGGGCUGUGAAUUGCCACGCGCGCACUCGCUGACCCCCCCUACCACCCUCUACCGCCGCUCUACUUUGCUCUGGGCUGGGCUCUAGCAUAUUGCUCUAAUUUUUUUUUUUGUUUUUUUAUAGUUUGAUAUUUUCGGCAUCGUGUGUUUAAAAGUAAAUCGUGCAGCGAAGAGAGAGAGAGAGAGCAGAAUAUUGAGCAGAAGCAGCAGCAGUAGCAUUUUUGGUUUCUUUGUUUAUGUUUUGUUUUUCGCCUAUAUUCAUUUAUUACGACACGGAAAACGAAACAAAGGAAGGGAAAGGAAACACGGACAGACACACACACACAGGCGUAAGGUGUGUGUGUGUCGUGUAACGAGAGAAGAGAAAACAGGAAUGAAACAACACUUUAACUUAGAAAAAAAAUACACACACCCUUAGACACUUUAACACACACACAUAUAUAUAAACACUGUCGUGCGUGCAUAAGAUUUAAUGAUCAUUCUGCUUUAUAAGAAAAAAAAAAGAAACAAACAAACAAUUCUAAUAAAUGUCUAAGACAAGACUCUUUCUCGGCAAAACUCCUCCCACGGCUGCUCCACCACCAACCCACACACACACACACACACAUACACACACGAAGAGGGCAAAGACUGAUGUGCGUGCGAGUGGCUGAUUGUGUGUGUGUGUGUGCGUGCGUUUGUAUGUACAUUGGCCGAGGAUCGCAAGCAUUGCAGGAAAAGCCCAGAGGCCCGCGAAUGAAUUCAGGCCAAUAAUUGUGGAGCCACUAUUAAGCAAAAAAUAAGAGAUAAAGAGGGAGCAAGAGACAGAGAGAGAGAGAGAGAUAGAGGUGAGACAAGAUUAGCUAAACAAAAAAGAGGAAACAAACAGAAUAGAGACACACAAGCAGUGAAUACCACGAAAUAAAGGGUGCGCCUUAAAACGCUUUAGAGUAGGACAAUUUAAGUACCCAAAACCGCUCAAACCCCGCUGUCUCUCUCUCUCUCUCUCUCUCUCUCUCUCUCUCUCUCUCUCUCUCUUUUUUUUUUUCUCUCCCCCCGCCCUCUCUCAAAAGUGGGAAAGAUCGAGAGCGCGGUAAAAUCAUGCGAAAAAAUCGUUUUGACGCAAACAAAACGUUUAUUUUACUUGAGUUGUUUGCUCUCUCUCUCUCUUUCUCUUUGGGCGCCACAACCCCGUUGCCGGUUGGCAGUGACACUUUAAUUAAUUACCCAUCCAGCAGAGGAUGAUGCCCAUUCGUUCUGUAUAUGAGGAGGAGUCGGUUGCACACACACACACACACACACACGGGGCUUGAACCCAUGACGGGCAUGUUGUAAAGGCGUGUGCGAGUUGACGAUUGUGCCGGAUAGUUUUUUUUUAAAUUAUUAUUUAAAAUACAAAUGCUCCUUAGCACGCACGCACACAAUCACAGAACUCUUUAGUAGGUCAGCUUUUUUCAGCAAAAAAAGCAAGAAAGUCUGUUUCAAGGGGGGGGGGGGGGUUGAGGGAGUGAUUGCGCAGGGAAAUCCACCUCCCCCCCCCCUUUCUACAAAAAAUAAGAUACGAAUGGUGCGUGUGUCUGUGUUUAACACUUUGAAGUUAUUUAUUAAAGGGCUUUUUUCUCUUUUUGCUGGGCGUGUUUCGUUUCCUCUCUCUCUCUAUCUUGCCCUCCCUCGUUCCCCAUCUGCUCUGUUGACUAGGUAAAAGUUUCCCCUUUCCUCCCCCUCAUUCCCCCAAGGCAUCAAUCGUCGAAUAUUCUAGUGGUGCAGUAGGAUAAAUGCGUGUAUGGAAAUUAUUUCAAAAUAUGUAACCUUUGCUUAAUGUAAUCAACACCACCCCCCAUCCCCUCCCAGUCUCUUUUUCGAAAUAAAAAAAAGUAAAAUGCGCACGACGCACAUACACCCACACACACACGCACACGCUGUGCUAGCCACAGGAGAGGUGCUGGUGGGUGGUGGUGUGCGGUGAAUCGGA